AUGUUGGUAUUUCUCAUUUUAUUCUUAUCAUCGGCACAGGCGACUUAUUAUGGCACAUAUACCAGUGGAGGUGAAGUCUCUACAUAUGCCUGUUACAAAUCAAAUGGGUGGUCUGACUUCCACAUGUUGGAUGUUUUUACAUACAACAACCAAAUCAACACCAAUUUUUAUCAAUAUGCCGCCAACGCCCACGCCGCAGGUUUCACUACAUCACAAUUCGAUCUGUUUUUCACUCUUGGCCCACUUAUUGGCACUUUUGAUGCUCUUGUUGAGCAGAUGAAUACAAUCAUCAACACCAACAAUGUUCAGUUUAAUAUCAUGUGGCUUGAUAUUGAUGGACAAGGGUGGUAUACCAUUCAAACUUUAAACGAAGAUUCUUUAAGACAUGAACUUGAUUUGUUACUCAAAUACUACCCCAAAGUCGGUGUCAGAGUAACUAAAGACUUUUGGAAUAAAACGUUUACAAACACUUUCACAUACGACAGAUCUAAUGAAAUUUUAUUGUGGGAUAAUACACAAACUGGAAAAACUUUUGAAAAGUAUGGAUGGUGGACAACACCCAACAUGAGUUAUUACACAAGUCAGACUAUGUGUGGAAGUUACAAGUUUGAGUACAAAAGAAAUAAUAUUCUUUAA